CACGUCGGGGGGCGGCUGGGACAGAGCCCAGGGCGCGCGCCGAGUCAACCCCGGGUUCCCUCCUGCAGCCGCUGCCAUGACCGAGGGCUCCGACAAAGUUCCCAUCGCCCUGGUGGGGCCUGAAGACGUCGAGUUUUGCAGCCCCCCGGCGUACGCCACGGUGACGGUGAAGCCCUCCAGCCCCACGCGGCUGCUCAAGGUUGGAGCGGUGGUGCUGAUUUCUGGGGCGGUGCUGCUGCUUUUUGGGGCCAUCGGGGCCUUCUACUUCUGGAAGGGGAGCGACAAUCACAUUUACAAUGUCCAUUAUACCAUGAGUAUCAACGGGAAAUUACAAGAUGGGUCAAUGGAAAUAGAUGCCGGAAACAACGUGGAGACCUUUAAAAUGGGAAGUGGAGCUGAAGAAGCAGUUGAAGUUAAUGAUUUCCAGAAUGGCAUCACGGGAAUCCGUUUUGCUGGCGGAGAGAAGUGCUACAUCAAAGCUCAGGUGAAGGCUCGAGUUCCUGAAGUGGGCACCGUGGCCAAACAGAGCAUCUCCUCUGAGCUGGAAGGGAAGAUCAUGCCAGUUAAAUAUGAAGAAAAUGCUCUGAUCUGGGUGGCCGUAGACCAGCCUGUGAAGGACAGCAGCUUCCUGAGCGCUAAGGUCUUGGAGCUCUGUGGCGACCUGCCUAUUUUCUGGCUUAGGCCCACAUAUCCGAAAGGGAUCCGGAGAGAAAGAAGAGAAUUGGUAAGAAAAAUUGUUACAACUGCCACAAGAAGACCAGCCGGUGGACCAAGGGGCAAUCCAGGCUCUGGUAGAGCAAAUAAUGAGACCAGACCCAACAUUCAAGAGGAUUCGGAGCCCUUCAACCCAGAUAAUCCUUACCACCAGCAGGAAGGGGAAGGAAUGACGUUCGACCCGAGACUGGAUCAUGAAGGAAUCUGCUGCAUAGAAUGUAGGAGGAGCUACACCCACUGUCAGAAGAUCUGUGAACCCCUGGGGGGCUACUACCCAUGGCCCUAUAAUUACCAAGGCUGCAGGUCCGCCUGCAGAAUUGUCAUGCCGUGCAGCUGGUGGGUGGCCCGCAUCUUGGGCAUGGUAUGAAAUCACUUCAUCUACCAGGUGCUACAGAGUAGAAAUUAACUGAAAGACAAAGUAGCAGGAGGCAUCUCGAUACCAAAGUAUUUUAUACUCAAUCUGUUCGAUGCUAUUUGAGAAACCGUUAAAAGAAUUUCUCAAUUGCUUCACAGAUUUUUUUCCAGGCUGUGCAAACAUCCUGAAAGAGUAGC